AUGAACAUCUUUCAAAAUUGUAACUUUUAUGUUACAUCUGACCUAAAAAACAAGGUACAAAUAGCAAAAUCAAUCAAAGACAAUGGUGGACAAGUAUCGUUUAUGGUUGUAAAAGGAGUGACACAUUAUGUAUCGACUGACAAGGAGUUUCAAAACCAAGGUACUUCCAUUAAAAAGGCUGCCACUCACAACAUCUCUAUCGUCAAUGACCAGUUUGUACUUGAUUCUCUAAAUGAUGGUGUCUUGAAACCAGAAGCUGCCUACAAGUUUAUCCUUGUCAAACAAACUUCUGUCUUUGGUACUUCGUCUCCCCUCAAACCAUCACCAAAGCAAACCUCAGACAUUGCCGAUGACCUUUCAGAUCGUGUUUAUAAAUUAAAGUUGGAUACUCAUAAACCAGCCAGUAGUUCAUCGUCGACUAGUACCAGUGCUACUACUACCACUACAUCAUCAUUUUCAUUCUCUACCAAACCAGUAGUUGCAGCCACACCAGCAGUUCCAUACUCUGCAACCAAACCAGCAGUUGUAGGUCCAAGACCAGCAUUGACUCUUUCAAAGGCAUUAGCACCAGUUGUCGUUGAACCUGCAGUUCCAACCAGCUCAUCACAAUUUGCUUUAAUUGCAUCACCAAAGAAUGUCAAAGUUACUCUCUAUUCUUUUGAUUCAAAGAGUCAACCAAGUUUUUCACAAAACUAUCGAAUUCAAUUAAGUCAUACUUUACAAUUUACAAAUAUUGCAGGAGAUUCAAAUAAUAAUAAAUAUUAUUAUAUGGAAUUACAUGAAGCAGCUGAUUAUUCUGGAAAGAAUAUUUAUCGUAUUUAUACAAAGUAUGGUAGAACUGAUGGUAAACCAACAAUUGAAGCUAGAUAUCCAAGUAAUCUUGAUGAUGCUUUGAACUUAUAUUCAUUAAUUUAUAAUGAAAAAACAUCAGAUAAAAAAGGAUAUAAACCAGUUAGUUUAUUGACAUCAAAAAUGUCAUCAUUAAAUGUUAGUGAUGAUGGUGAAAUGGAAGCUGAUGAUAUUUCUGAAAAUUUCACCGAUGAUUCAACGUUGGACAGGGAUAUUCAAAGUUUGGUAAAGUUUAUCUACAAGGAAGCAACUACUCAAUUGCGUUCCAGUUGUUCUGCCUAUAUCACAGACAAGGGUAUUCAAACACCACUAGGUGUCUUGUCAAUGGAUCAAGUGGAAAAGGGUGAAAAGGUAUUGGAAAAGAUUCACCUUGAACUCAAACAAAACUAUCCACUACAAAGCAAACUAGAGACCCUUUCCUCUGAAUUUUACACCAUCAUUCCACACAAGAUGGGUCGUGGCAAGGCUGAUGUCGCCAAAUCCAUCAUUAAAAACCUAGACAUUCUAAAUGAAAAGGUAGAGUUGCUUCAAUUAAUGAAGGAUUUGCUCAAAAUUAAUGGUAGUGGUGCUUUGGUUAGUAGUGCAGUUGGUAUGAAAUACCAAGCUCUAAAGAAUGACUUGGAAGUCUUGAAACCAACUUCGAUUCAAUACACCAAAAUCACAAACCUCCUUAAUCAAUCUGAAAUGAUGGAUCCAAAUGUACGUAUUCUAAACAUUUAUCGUGUCAACAAACCAUCAGACGAGCAAGCAUACACAAAGUCUAUCAAAAACACAAAGUUGUUGUUCCAUGGUAGUCGUCCAUCCAACUUUGUAGGUCUCUUGUCUCGUGGUCUACUCUUGCCCAAAGUCAUCACCAAUACUGGUGGUUCAAGAAGCGACUUUGGUUUCCUUGGUGCUGGUAUCUACUUUGCAGACAAGUUUUCAACUUCUCUCCAAUACUCUCAUCCAUCACAAAUCGAUGGUCAACAACGUCGUCUCAUGUUGGUCAAUGAAGUUGCUCUUGGUACCCCAUUCCAAACCACCAAGAUCAAUGGUAGUCUUACUACUCCACCAACUGGUCAUCACAGUUGUAUUGGUUUGGGUGAAGGUGGUAGUGAUUUCAAAACCAAUGAAUAUGUCAUUUAUAAUCCAAAUCAACAACGUCAACAAUAUUUGGUUGAAUUGACUACUGGCAGCAAUUCAUCGACAGCAUUGGGAUCUUCUUCUGGAAGUUAUAUCCUUCCAUCUGCAGUCAUCAAUCCAACCAUUCCACUUACCAAACCAACUUCAUUUACUUCUUAUAAUUUGGCUAAAAUCUCUUCUGCUACCAAUGCCAAUAGUAAAUUAAAGGCUCUUCAACAACAACAGCCAGCAUCUGCAUAUGAUCCAAAUAAUAAUAAUUCAAUUUAUUCUCAAUCAUCCAAUUCACCAAGUAGACCAUUGACAACUUCAAGAACAUUUGACAAAUCUGCCAAUACAUUACCAUCUGUAUUAUUUGAUGAUUUGUAUGGUGAAUUUGAUGAAGAAACUUCAAUCAGAGAGGCAUUUGUAAAGAAUACAAGUGAUCCAAGAUUAAAACAAAAGUAUGCCGGUUGUGAAAAGGUAUUUGAAGUGUCUGGUUAUCAUGAACCAUCCCCAUACGUCACACCAUUAAACGACUAUAUGAUCUUGCAACACGUCCACAAUCAAAUGUAUCGUGGUAGUGUUGGAUCAAAGAUUGUUCCAUCGCUUUCAAAAUUCAAUGAAAACUGGAAAAAGUUUAGCAACAAUGCUUUUGACAGUACUUUUGAUUGGAAUAACCUCGUAGUUGCUGGUGGUGCCAUUCUUGGAUGUACAUUGUCAAACUCUCAAGGAUUUGAUUCAUCAGAUAUUGAUAUUUUCUUGUAUGGUCUCACUGAACAAGAAUCUACCGAGAAGCUUCGUUCACUCCACGAAUACUUUAAGAGAAAGUUCCCCAAGAUGGGUGUAGUUCGUACAAAGUUUGCCGUCACCUUCCUCAAUGAAUAUCCAAACCGUAACAUUCAAGUUGUUCUCCGUCUCUACCAAUCACCAGCUCAAGUGUUGAUGGGCUUUGAUAUUGACUGUUGUUCGGUUGGUUAUGAUGGUCAAAACGUCUACUCGUUGCCACGUACUCGUCGUGCCAUUGUCAAUGGUUACAAUGUCGUCUCGAUGAAUCGUCGUUCAUUCACCUAUGAAACGCGUCUCUUCAAGUAUGCCAAGCGUGGUUUUGCCGUUGUCGUACCAGGUUUUGACAGAUCUCGUGUCCAUCCCGAUAUUUACACCACUCCCGUCAACAGAGCACGUGGAUUGGCUCGUCUCUUAUUACUCGAGUACCACUUUGCUCGUAGUCCAAAGGGAGAAGUCAACUUGGACAACAAAAGUGAUUAUUCCGAAUGCGAGGUGCCAUGGGGUCAAAUGUGGACAGUCGACACGGCCGUCUCUGUCAUCAACUAUCGUGAUCGUUCACAAUUCUUUGCCAAAAAGAAUACUCCCAACGCCUUUGAGCAACAUCGUCACAUUGCCAUCACUGGUUUUGAUCAUUGUAUGGAUGGUAAAUCUUCAUGGUGCAAAAAGUGUCAAGCCAACGAACCAGGUGAUGAUGUCACUGGAAAGAGUAGCUACGUUACUGGUCCCAUCACAUGGCAUGUCGAGAGUCAAGGUCGUCAACUGUCGAUCGGCUCUUUCCAUCCCAUCGAAAACGAGUAUUGGCUCGAAACUGCCUACAAAAACUUUAACAAGGAUGAAGUAUACAGUAAUAUGGUCAAGUAUCGUAACAGUGCCAUCAACAAUGAACCAGUCGCAUUGGCAACCAACACUACCGCCAUCAAUUACAAUCCAAAGAGAAACAAGGAUAUUCCAUUCAUUGCAGAAUCUAAUCAUUUGGUAGCUAUUGCCGCUGCCUAUGGUAAUCUCGAUUCCUUGAAAUCUUUAUUACCAGUCUUCCCAAGUCUUGUAAAUGUACCAACCGACUCUGGUUACUAUCCCAUUCACUAUGCUUGUAUGGGUGGUAAUUUAGAGGUUGUAAAAUUCCUCUUUGCCAAUGGUGCACACCCACAUUUACGUUCAAAGAACAAUAUCAAGGUAUCUUGUUUGGUUGUUGCUCGUUACUAUAACCAUCAAGCCAUCGUUGCCUAUCUCUCUACCACCUUUGCUUUCCUUCGUCGUCUCAAAUCUGCAAUCCUCAAUGGUGAUGUUACCGAGUUGGCACGUCACAUGCGUGACCCCAAGGUACCAUCUGUCGAUCUUUUGGGACAAACACUCUACCAUUAUGCAGUCUUUUCGUCUGCUCCCGAAAAGGUAUUCAAGUGUAUCCGUGACAAUCGUCCAGCCACCUCGUACGAGUCUGACAAGCGUGCACUCAACGCCUAUGGCCAGUCGGUACACCACUACAUCAAGAUGGCAUUGGGAUCACUCGAACCACUUGCCUUUGUCAAGACACACGGCUCUUCUAGCUUGGUUCCACCAUCCUACCGUAAGGAAUUGUUGAAUCUACUCUCUCAAUUCCCAGAGCAUAACUUUGGCUCCAACAACACUGCUCUCCUUGGUGGUCUAUCGUUUUUCUCUUCUCCAUCAAAGUCCUCAAGUGGCAGCAGUACACCACCAUCACCACCAAAGUCUCCAGUUUCGAAACCAGCUUCUGCAUUUGGAUCGGGUGGUAAAUUCGAUGCCAACGAAACAGUAUUCAACUUUGCCAACCUCACACUUCGUGAUAGCUCGACAGCUGCACCCAAAAAGAGAAUAGUCAACGAAUCACAGGCAGCUAAACCCGCCGUCACUGGUGGUUUCAGUUUUGGUGCACCAUCAUCAUCAUCAUUCCCUCCCAACCCACCAUUCCCAGCAUUGUCAAUGCCAGUUAGCUUUACUCAACCACAACCAGACUACUCGGCUAGUUUCCCAGCUUUCCUUUCUCAACAACCAGUCUCUUAUUCAGACAGACAAUCCGAUUUUGUGACACCAGGUCACCCUAGAUUCGAUGGUGCAUCGUCUGUUGCAAAGGCUAUUGCCCUCGUCGAUCAACUCAAAACCACUGGCAAGGUUGAUCAAUUCAAAUCGGCCAAGCUCAAGACCAUGGCAUUCCAAUACUCUCCAUUAUUAUUCAAUUGCAUUGAAGCCUAUUUAUUGGAUUCAAAUAUUGAUAAUCUUGCUGAAUCUUUUGAUGUUUUAUUAAGUUUAAAUAAUAAUUAA